AUGGAUUUUCCUGUUACACGAUUUCGUAUCGUGAUUCAAGCUAGAAGAAGUGGGCCAUCAUCCAGAACAUCGUCAAGUAAUACAAUCAAAUUCAAGGAUACAUUAGACGAUUUAGAUGAAGACGCCAUCAAAAUUGCUCGAAAUUAUUUAUUAGAUGGGGUUGAUGAGAGAUUGCAUAGGAAUUCGCUAGAACAGUUAACGCGCAGUAUUCGCAAUGAUGUCGAAGAUAACUCGCAUAAAUAUUAUCAAUUAGGAUAUUAUUAUCAUUAUGGUAUAGGUCCAGUUCAAAAGGAUGAACAUAAAGCAAUGGAAAAUUAUCGUUUAGCAAUUGAAGAUCAUCAUCCUGGUGCUUAUUAUCAGUUAGCUCAAUUAGUUCAAGAUCGCUAUGGCAAUUAUAAUGAUGUAGACAUUGAUCAAUUAACUUUAAUAGAAAGUAUCGAAGAGCAAGUGAAAAUGCUGACCAAAUCUGCUGCUGAAGGCAAAUACACACAAUCUUAUCGAAAAUUGAAAGACUCUUACGCUGAUUCACAAAAUUGGCGUUCAGUCAUUGAUGAUUAUUACCAAUCAUUAGAAAAAUCAGUUGAUACAACUGAGAAUACCAAUCAAUUGAGUCAUAUCUAUAAUGAACUUGGUAUCUUAGAUGUUAUUACCGCUGAAUGCAAUCAUGAAAAAGAAAAGAGCGAUCGCCAAUUACAACGUGGCUAUGACUAUUUUGAAAAAUCAAAGCAACUAGGUAAACCGGCGGCCAGCUACAACUUAGCUGUUCAUAAAUUUGCUGGUUUAUCCUCUCCUCGUCCAGCUCCUACAACGCAUGACAGUGAAAAUAUCCAAUAUUAUAUCAUGGCAGCUGAUCAAGGCCAUUGUUUAGCCCAAUUUGAGUUAGCAAUCCUGUACCAAACUGAAACACCCACUACCAAUCGUGAUUAUUCUGAAGCACUAAAACUGUUAUUGAAAUCGGCUCGCUACGGCUAUUCUGAUAUAUUAUAUCAUGUUGGAUUAGCUUAUCUGAAUGGAUUAGGUGUUGCUCAAGAUUUAAAUUUAGCCAAAGAUUAUUUUGAAUGGGCUAUUGCUGCUACUAAUCUAUUCGACAAUCUACACGAAGGUCGUCAAUAUUUUCAAUUAGGUUAUAUAUAUCAUAAAGGUUUAGGCCUAUCCAUAGAUAUUGAGCAAGCUACGCAUUUCUACGCCUCUGGUAUCCUAAUGGCCAAUUGUUUACAAUGCUACUUAUUUUUAGCAAAGUUAAUUGAAAAAAAGAAAUUACAAAAUUUAAACAUUUCCUCAGCCAUCAAGUUAUACAUGAAAAUUAUUGAAUUAGAUAAUAAUAAUAAUAUUAACGGCUAUGCGCAUUACCGCCUGGGUAAAAUCUAUUCAAAUGAUCGUUAUUGCAAUUAUUACGAUUCUCGGUUGUCAAAAAUCCACUAUGAGUAUGCUUUGGAUCGAUUUCGAUCCAAGAGGAAGGAAAAAAUUGAUCGAGACUCAGACGAUUACUACCAUGUAGGUAGAAUAUAUCAAUUUGGUUUAGGGGUCAGAAAAGAUUUGGAUGCAGCCGUGAUUAAUUAUCAAAAAGCGAUUGGAACUGCUGAAAUAACUAGUUCUGUUUAUGAUAAACAUUACGCACAAAAAGCACUUAAACAACGAAAGUCACUACUAACAUUAUUAGAGUAG